AUGGCCUCCGGUCCCUCUCAAGAGGUUGGCUUCGCCCAGCAAGGCUCUGUCGACUGGGUCGCCUUUGGCACCACGGUUCCAAAAUUCACCAUCGACAUCCUGGCACGGAUCCAAGGAGCUGGAGUCCAGCCCUUCACUUACGCGGCCGGGUUGCAACUUGUCACACGCUUUGAGAUACCCGAACGUGGACUUCAGAGACUUGAUGAUGCCAUUAAGAGGCUCAAGUAUCAAAGUAUUGCAUCGAACCUCCUCUACUUUGGAUUCGGCCAUCGGAGUCUCUUUCGCAUCAUGACCGAGACUCUUUCAGGCAUCAAGCUCAUCGCAUUGUGCGCUUGUUUGGCCGAAGUACAUCGAGGGGGCAUGCCAGCGAUGAUUCUUUCUGCCCUGUGGGAUGUGUAUGAGUUUUCAGAAGAAUACAAGCCAUCGCUUGAACAAUUCAGGAGCCUCGUCAAGGUGUGCAGUGGGGUGUUGUCAGCCUCGCCGUUCCCCGAAGUUUACCGUCGCAUGAUGGAUCUCUACCUCCCCAUUACUAGACCAGGAGCAAAUGUGCAAAGAUGCUCUGAGCCUGCCGACGUUGCAAAAGCUCUUCGUGGUGUCUUCGACAUCACCACUGAGAAACACAACCGUAUCACUGUUGUUGGGGGUUCCAGCUGUGCUUUCAUCGCUGCCAUCUCACACUGGCUUUUCGACCUGACCACGUACGUCGAGGACGAAAAUGGCAAGGUUCUGUUCGCUCCGUCGAUUGGGAAAUGUCCGAUCGAUCCUAUUACGGCAAAGGUCCACGUCCAGUAUGGCAGCGAAACAACUACUGCGAUGAUCGACAUAUCAAGCACAUCUCUUUGA